GUUGAGUCAUUGAUUGUACACAUAAACAAUUGAUUUUUCGCUGGCAAACAUGUCGUUGGCAGCUAAAAAAAUUGCAGAAGCCGAGGCUUUAGAGCGCACAGCAGAAAAGAGCCUGAAAGUGUCAGCGUUUAAAUGGGCACCGGACUAUGACAGCGCUGGCGAUGAGUAUUCGAAGGCAGCAACUGCAUAUCGCAUUGCGAAAUCGUUCGAGAAAAGCAAGCAAUGCUGGUUGAAGGCAAUUGAUUGCUACAAAAACAACAAAGCCUGGUUCCAUGCAGCCAAAUCGUAUGAGCAAAUAAUCUUGUUGCUGAAGGAGCUCGAUCAAUUCAAUGACGUUGAGGAGUAUACGAAUAAGGCGGUCAGUUUGUAUCAGCAACAUGGAUCGCCAGAAGCUGCUGCCGGUGCUCUGGACAAGGCAGGCAAAUUGACGGAAGCAAAAAAUCCGGAAAUCGCAUUGCGAUUCUAUCAGCAUGCUGUGGAGAUAAUCCUCAUUGAGGACUCCACACGCCAAGCAGCCGAGUUCGCAUCGAAAGUGUCGAGGCUAUUGGUCAAGUUGAAGCGCUAUGAGGAGGCGACAAAGGCGAUUAGGAAACUAAUUGGGCUGUAUCAGCAAACGGAAUCUUAUGGACAAAUUGGACGUAUGGUUGUCGCCCUUGUUCUCGUCCAAUUGGCCCUGGGUGACCCUGUCGAGGCGGAGAAGUCGUUCAAGGAAUGGUGUAGCUGCUGUGAGACCGAAGAGGUUUCCACAUUGCAAACGCUUCUGCAAGCAUUCGACGAUCAGGAUCGUGAUCUGGCUGCCAGAAUGCUUGCAUCUCCAUUCAUCCGGCACAUGGAUGUGGAAUAUGCCAUUUUAUCCAAGAACAUUCCAUUGCCAAAGGCCCUGGAGGUGGAGAAGAAAUCGGACGCGAACACACUGGACAAUGAGGAGGAAGAGGAGGGCGGCGGUUUGUGUUGAAAGAUCUGACAUGUACCUUUUAUUGUUAUUUAACUACUAAUCACGCUAAUUAAUCAAUGAAUGCAAUUUAAAAUUUAAUCGUUAACAUAUAAAUAUAUAACUAAUAAAACGCUCAUAACAGUCUUCUUCCUGUUAACUUAAA